AUUUUUCCCCUUCUCCUUUCUUUCUUCCCAAGCACAAGAACCCUAAAACCCCUAUCAUUCUUUCACAAAAAUUUCUCACAAAUCAAAAACCAUAUCUCCUUGUUCUCUAUUUGAAAUAUGGUGGUCGGUAGAAUUACCUCCCGGAUUGCAAGAACCGUCGUUACACGGUACCAAAUUUCUUCGAUCCUCCACGGCCGACCUGAUAAUCGUUACACGAUUCCAAUAAUCGGAAACCAUUUUUCUGGCUCACAGAACAAGGUGAUAACAGGUCAAAUAUCUCGAAUACAUAAUUCUGUUCUUAGUUCAUCAGCCUUCCAAAGAUUUGGGUUCUCAUCAUCUGCAUCUACACAACCCAAUGAAAAGGGAACUUCUGAAAAUGGAAAAGAAAAUACAAAUGAUGAAAAUUUGGGUCAAAAAGAAGGUUCUGAUGAUUUGACAAUGGAGGAUUUGAUUGGACUUGUAACUGAGAAGGAAGAACUCUUAAAGACAAAGCAAGAAGAGAUUAAAAGUUUGGAAGAUAAACUUCUUCGAAGCUAUGCAGAUAUGGAAAACGUUAUGGCAAGGACAAAAAGAGAGGCUGAAAACUCAAAAAAGUUUGCAAUUCAGAAUUUUGCAAAAAGUUUACUAGAUGUUGCAGACAAUCUAGAUAGAGCAUCAUCAGUUGUAAAAGAGAGUUUUGCAAAGCUUGAUACAUCUGGAGACACUGCUGGAGGAGCUGUUCCACUUCUGAAAACACUUCUAGAAGGUGUCGAAAUGACCGAAAAACAGCUAUCAGAGGUUUUCAAGAAGUUUGGAGUGGAGAAAUAUGAUCCAACAAACGAAGAGUUUGAUCCAAAUAGACAUAAUGCAGUGUUCCAAGUACCCGAUCCUACCAAGGCCCCUGAUACUGUUGCAGUUGUGCUCAAAGCGGGAUACACGUUGCAUGAUCGUAUCAUACGACCUGCUGAAGUUGGUGUCACCAUAAAAGUUGACUAGAACAUGUUUGACCUUGAUAUUAAUUAUAUCUUUUGAACCUUUUGAUUUACUUCAUUUUUUGUAUCGGAUGUAAUAAAAUAUGGAUAUGCAUUAAAGGCUGUUGAAACUUAUA